AUGGCCUCGGGAGAAAACUGCCAGCAUAGCCUUUCUUGCUAUAAUCCAUCUGAUAGUCGGAGAGAUAAAGCAUUUCUGGCGUGUGGACCAAUAGCUUUAUUCCUAGUUUUCAUCUUCUUCGGGGCCUCAGGUUUCCUCCCUCCAACCAGCCCUCUUCAAGCAUCGCAAGAUCUAGCAGAUCAUUACCAAUACAGCAAAUAUAACAUUAAUAUUGGCAUUUUUCUCCUUCUACUCGCAUCCUCUCUCUGGCCACUAUUUGCAGUUGGUAUCGGUAACCAGCUUGCACGCAUCCCAGGGAUUCACAUCACCAUUUUAAUUCUCCAAAUAGCUGGUGGCUGUCUACUCGGAUUUGCUCUAGCACUGAUUGGAACGUUCUUCGCUGCCGCAGCGUAUCGCCCGGGCCGAGAUCCACUUAUAACACAGCUUGCAAGUGAUCUCGCAUGGCUUCUCUACAUGUGUAUCGGCUCGCCCAUGAUACUCCAGACAUUUGCAAUAUCAUGGGCUAUAUUCUCCGAUGGUCGAGAGAAACCUCUGAUCCCUCGCUGGGUUGGUUGGACCGUCUCUACCAUAUCAGUGUGGGCUAUCCCAACUGAGUAUGUUGCACAUUGCUUUCAUGAUGGCCCACUGGCUUGGAAUGGCCUGCUGUCCUUUUGGAUACCUUGGCUGUGGGGUGCAGUAUCCUAUGGCCCUUUGUUUCUUUCUAUGUGGCAGGCUGCGGGGGUUAUCACUAAGAAACAUACUGCCUGA